UGAUUUAAACCACGACAGUCAACAUAAUGUUUGAAAGAAAAUUUUUAUUAAAUUUUCUACUGAAAUCACUUUUCUAUCCACCUAAGAUAUACUGAGUGUUUGUUACAUACUGUGCACCUGCAAUUGGUAGCCACAGUUCAUAGUUAUUGUAUCUUGGGCCUGGGACAAAGUGCCCCUCUUAAAACAAACAGGAACAACCAAUCUUUGUUGUGUUUGAAGGAUCCAAGGAGAAUGUCCAGGAUUGGUGGCACCAAAGGCUGAGUUAUUUUGACAGCCUGGCCAGGUCAGCAGGUCCUUUGCAACCCUAGCUGUUCUAUGGUUCUAGAUUUACUAAACAACGACUGAAAAUACAUGCAGGAACUUAAUCAGUGUUUUCCUGUCUGGCAUCUGUGUUCAUCAGAACACUCCUGUUCAUCAAGAGCUGUUAACAGUCAGGUGCUGAACUGAAGAUGACACCUUAUCUAGAAGAGGCAUCUCCAGGCCAGUAAAAUGCAUUUUGGCUUGCCCAAAAGGGGUGGCCCUGUUCUCUCUUCCCGAAAUGUAGCUUUUCCCUUUUUCUCACUGGGGAGAAAAUUGAACCUUAUCCCCAGAAAUGCAAAUCUUUCUUUUUAUUUGGGAAAGACUUAGUCUGUCUGGGAAGACUGCAAAGCAGAGACAAUUUACAGAAAUAACAUGUUCCACCAGCGUCUAUAUGCAGGCACGGAGCCAUCUUGUGUGUGGCGGCAAGCCCGGGGGCCAUGUUGCGUGUGGCGGCAAGCCCGGGGGCCAUCUUGUACGUGGCGGCGCCCAGCGGCUCCGCCCCUGCGCCAGUCUCUAGCGGCGUUCGGAUUUUCUUGCCUAGAGGGCCUACUGCUGAGCGUGUGGCUGGAGCCGAGAACAGCUCUUUAUCUAAUGUCUUCCGAAAAAGUAUACUUUUCUACUCGAUACUAUGUGCCUGGGCUAGGCUGGGUGUGGUUAUGUCUGAAGAAGGAGCUUUCUCUCAAAGGGAGAACAACGUGCUCCAGCUGGGAGUGAAGCAGAGAGCUAGAUCUGACUUGGAAUGUUGCUUUGGCUGUUUUGUUUUCUCCUUUAUUCCAGCUUAUAGCUGGAAAGUUGGGAUUUUUUUUGUGGGUUUUUUUCUUUUUCUAUUUUUUUUUGUGGCGCCACUCUGUUGUGCAAAGUGUUCUGUUUUCAUGCCCAAAGGUAAAAGGGAUGCCAGUAGUUGAAAACAAGUGGUGUGUAGACACAAGGUGUAGGGGGUAGACACAAAAGUGUAGGGGGUGAUGCAUGCUACUGGACCUGUUCUGUGGCAUUGCUGUUGUUGCAGAGUUGAAGCAUUGGUUUAGGAUGUGGAAAGCCUGAGUCCAUUUCCCCUUCAAGGGUUUCCACAGUUGCAGUUUUAGAGACCCUGGCAUCUCUGAGAAAAGCCAGUUCUUAGUGCACAAGCAUUUUCCUUGACACCUUGUGAAAUCUUUGCUUCCAAAGACUUGUAUGUACCUUUUUGUGGGAGGUGGCCUACUCACAGGAUCAUGUGGUAUCUUGGGUGGGAACUGACUUCUAGAGGCUUCUGCUUGAACCUCGUGCUCAAAGCAGCAUCAGACCAAGGUUCUUGGGGCUUUGUCCAGUCACAUCUUCCUGGCAUGAGACAGCACUGUCUCUCUGGGCAACCUGUGCAUCUCUUUGCUGUCCUUAUGAGGGAAAAGGCUUUUCCUUAUUUCCAGUCUGAAUGUCUCUCGAAGCCUCUUGUCUGUCAUUAUCCCACCAUCCACUGCUGUGAAGAAACUGUCUCUGUCUUCAUGUCCUCCUGUAGGUAGUGGAGGGUUGCUGUGAGGUCUGCCCUGAAGCUUUCUCCUCUACAGGCUGAAUGAAUGGCUUUCCCUCAGUCUCCUCUGAGGAGCUGGAUGAUCUGAAGUUCCUUUCCAGCCUGAACCAUUCAGUGAAAUUCUAGCUGUUAAUGAAAAGAAGAAAUAAGGUGGAAGAAAAUGUGGUUUCUUGGUUACUUGAGUUGAGGGCCACAGCCAGGCGGGGCAACACAUGGUGCUCCGCCCUGCAGCACAUAGGUCACAAUGCAGGCCAAGAUACAUUCCCUCCCUGGCCUGGGUGCUGCGUAACAGUGGGGCCCUCAGGGCAAGUAGUGUGCCCAGUCCCACAGGAACCAGGACUCUGAGGAGAGAAGAGCCAAGCAGCUUGUGCAGGAGCCCCUGCUGGGGCAGCUGGCGGUGACCAUCAGUGGUCAGAAAGACCCAGGCAAUGCCCAUGGAGGAAUCUCAGAGUGUCACCAUCGAUUACAUAAGUAGGUAUCAACAGGACCCCAGAGAAUGGCCUUGGGGCACAGAACAGGGCAAGGAGAAGCAGGUGCAUGGGCAGGAGGCAGCGGGGCUGCAGGGCUGGCACCUUUCUCACCCUGCUCCUGGCAGCAUCUUGGAGGAGAUGGACAGGGCAUCAGCACCCUGGCCCAGGGUGUGCUGUGGGCACAGCAGCCGGGGCAGGGCUGGAGAGAGGACCCCAUCUCUUCCCUCUACCUCCUACCCCUGCCUACAACUCUCCCCAUUCUUGCUCUUCAUCAGGUGUAGCUGCUGCUGCCUCUAGCAUCCAGUUGCAGGAUGAGGAAAAGGAGGCCCACGACUACAUCAUGGACUUUGUCAAAAGCACCAGAAGGGAUCAGGACUCAAAGAUGAAGUUUCUGGCCUCCAUCGACAUGCUCUGCAGAGCCUCAGUGCAAGGAAGGUACCAGAGCCCAACAUCCCAUGAGCUGCUGAGUAAACUGGAGGCACUAAUGCAAAACGAGACCUUCGACAGCAUGGACACCAUGAUGUGGCAGCAAGCCCUGCUUGCCAUCGCUGCACUGAGCAAAUACAGGGAAAGUGUGCUGUAUAACCACCUCUGCAAAUACAUAGGUGACACCUUCAGUUUUGUUGCAAGCGAGACGAUCAGCCAGUGUACUCCAUUCUACGACCAGAUCCUGAAAACCCUUGACAGUGUGCUGGAGGCGCUGAUACAUGGUGCUUCACAGAAAUCCUGCAUCUUCAUAACAGAGAAAAUACUGCAGGUUCUGCUGCCCAUCACGGCAUCUGAGGACGUGGCUAAGCGCCGAAAGGCUGUAGGGUGGAUUGUACGCCUCACCUACUUUUUAUCGUCCUCUUCAAUGCUGGAGCACUUCAAUGCAGAAUACGGCAUGCGGCGCUUCUCCAGAAACAAGCCUCUGGAUUUCCUAGGGCACGCAGUGGGGUACCUUGCCCUGUCCUGUGCUGAGGAGGACCAGGAGAUCAGCUGCGGGGCUUUCCAGGCACUGUGUAACUUCAAGAGGUUCCUUCUGGUGCGACAGAGCUACUGUGCGAAACGUGAGGAUACAGAGAUGCCUCUGGAGCGGGAAGUUGUUAACAGCUUGUGGCCUAUGGAGCUCAAUGAUGAAAUGGCGGAACCUGGGAACUUCUUACUCCCUUCCGAGAGGUACAACGUAGUCCUCACAGUUUUGAGCAACAUGACACAAGAAAGAGUCUCUAACACCCAGGUGAUUGCCAACACGCUGAAGACAGCCUUGAUGUGCUUGAAGCUGACCAAGGUGGAUGACUACAUGCAGAUCAUCUAUAGGCAGCUGAUGCUUGUUACCAGAAGGUCGCUGUGGGACAUCCUGAUGCAGACCCUGCUCCAAAUGGCCCAGCUGCACUCUUGGGAUGUGACCACUAGCCUGCUGUCGAUUUCCAUCACUGGUGACAUAGACAUGGCCCUUCAGCUUCAGGCGAAUCCUAGGACCUCUGAGAACUGCCAAGACAAAACUUGUUAUGGCCAAGAUGGCCCCACUGAUUCUGAUCUGUGGCAUCGCACCACUACCGGGGCCAUGUGGAACGCGCUGGCAUGUGAGCCCAGCAUUUCGGGCAGAAUACUGAAGUCGCUGGUACUGAUCCAGCACACAAGCAUGUUGCAGAGCAACUUCAGGACAAACUGCAACUGCCACGUAUUGCUGACUAUAACUAAUGUCAUGCGCAUGGCCUUCCUGGUGCCUUCCAACCAAAGCAACAUAAGGAAACAUUUGGAGGAGCUCUUCAUGGCACUGGUCUUGCAGAUCUCCUUCACCACCAAGAGCCCACAGGAGGGCUGCUGCUGCUCUAAGAUUUUGAAUAAGGAGGCUGAGGAUCGUGUAGUCAACCGUCGCAGGUGCGUGGUGAGGACCAUGCAAGCUUUCUUCCAUUUUCUGGGUGGUGACUCCCUGGUUGAAGACAUCAAAGGGGAGGGUGCUUGGGACAUGCUCAUGAGCCCCUACGACUACCCCAGUGGCAUCAGGGUCCUGAGUAGAGUGCUGAAGCAUAAAGAACGGGCCAGCUGCACCUCCAUAUGUGAAGAGGCGGUUGGAAUCAUACGAUCACAUGAGGACAUCUGUGCCAUUAUUGUCUGCAUUGAGCUCCUGGACUGCACCAGGCUGAAGAUUGACGAUAGCCUCAUCCUGUAUGUCCUCCACAUGCGGCUGCGUAGCGAGAGUUCAGUGCUGCGCAAGGUAGCGAUCACAAGCCUCGCCACGCUGUCUGAGAAACCUAAGCAGGCAAAGGCUAUGUCUCUGCAAGGCCUGCUGCCAGCCGUUAUGCAGCAACUGCAGGAUGAUGACUGCGACGUCAUGAAGGCCGCCCUGACUGUCCUCAGCAACAUCCUCUGCGUGGUAGACAGGCAGACGGCUGGCCCCAUUGCUCUGCAGCUGCUCAACAUGCUCCUGCCACUCUUUGAAAAUGCGAGCAGCUGCGUGCGAAAGCAGUCCAUCCUCCUCAGCAGAGAUGUGAUGAGGGUUUCAUUCAGGUCUCACAAAAAGCAGAUGAGGAAGGAUGUGCACAGAAGCCUCCUGCCCUUGUUCUUCCACCUGCAUGACAGUGACUCAAGUGUGGCUCAGGCCUCCAAGGAAGCUGUCGUUGAAGCUGCCAAGUUCCUGAGGUGGCAGCAGCUCCAGAAGCUGUUGCAGACAGAGCAGAUAUGGGGGGCUGCCAAGUGCAUGCUGAAGAGAAGCAGAAGGAGGUUGGAGGAGUACCUGCAUCAGAGCCUGCUGUAUCAGCAGAGCCCACAGGAGCCCUUGCGCGAGGCGGCCGUCAGGUUCAUUGGGCUCGCUGGGCAGCAUCUGAAGGAUGGGCGCAAGGAGAAGAUCCUGGUCAUUAAUGAAGCCCUUCAAAACAUGGAGAAUGACAGCAGCCCCUUGGUCUCUUCCCUGGUGCUCAAAACGAAGCAGAUGCUGUAUGAUGCAUGUGAAGAGCCUUCGUCCAGGUCCUUCCUGGCGGCACUGUGGUGCUGCCUCCGGAGGGCAGAGAGAAGGAGGAUCCCUAACCAGCUGGUCUGAUCCAGGGCACUGAAGUGGAAGAGCUUCCUAUGAGAUUCUUCCUCCAAGUGCAGGGAAACAGCAAUAGAUUGUUUUCUGUUGACAUUUUUUAUUAUGUCAACAUAAUGUUUGAAAGAAAAUUUUUAUUAAAUUUUCUACUGAAAUCACUUUUCUAUCCA